AAAAGAACUCGCGUUGUUGGAAGAUAAUUAGUGGUGACACUGAAGCUAUUGAAGAGGCUGUUUUAAACUCCAUCACUAUCGCAAACAAGCAUAAAGCCGUAAAUGAAACGGAUUAUUUAGCAAUGACGCAAGACUGUGACAAUUUUGUUAAAAUCCGCAAAUACAUCAGUUUCCCGUUAAACAGCGAACGUGAUUUUCCCCUGGCCUAUUCCAUGGUGAUCCAUAGCAACAUUGAGAUGUUCGAGAGGCUCCUAAGAAGCAUUUAUGCUCCACAGAACGUGUACUGUGUCCACGUGGACAGGAAAUCUCCAAAUCAAUUUCACUCGGCUGUCCAGGCCAUCGCUUCCUGUUUCAGUAAUGUCUUCAUUGCAGGAAAGUUAGAAUCGGUGAUAUACGCCUCAUGGGCCAGAGUUCAGGCUGAUCUGAACUGUAUGGAAGAGCUGCUGCACAGCCCUGUCCAGUGGAAAUACCUCAUAAAUGUUUGCGGACAAGACUUUCCAAUGAAAACCAAUUGGGAGAUAGUCAACAGUCUUAUGGCCAGGAACGGCUCAAAUAUUAUGGACUCAGUAGCCCCGCCAAACUACAAAAAGAGAAGAUGGGAAUUUCAUUAUGAAAUCCGUAACGGUGUUGUCAGAACUCAGCAAAAGAAGUCUCCCCCACCCAUAAGCAGUCCCAUGUAUGUGGGGGGUGCCUACAUUCUUGUCACCAGAGAAUUUGUGAGGACUUUGUUUGUGAACCCGGAAAUCCAAGCGUUUUUCAAGUGGUCCGAGGACACCUACAGCCCCGACGAAUACAUCUGGGCAACCUUACAGAGGAUGCCUGAGAUACCCGGCUCCAUAACGUACACUCCAGGACACCAGAAGAGUGACCCAGUUCUUACCCGAGCAGUGAAGUGGUCUUUUGAGGCUGGUGAUGUAGCGAAGGGAGCCACGUAUCCGCCUUGCACAGGAAGGUACCGCCAUCUAAUCUGUGUUUAUGGGUCUGGAGAUCUACCCUGGAUCGUCCAACAGGAACGUCUGUUCGCGAACAAGUUUGAUCUGCAAGUGGACAACACAGCUGUGCAAUGCAUGGAGGAAUAUGUCCGAUACAAAGUGAUUAAUGAAACACGAUCUUAA